AUGGCAUUGCAACUACAACUCCCGGCAGCGGAGGAUCGAUCGACUGCGAUGGAUGCGAUCGCCGCAGAUGGACACACAGAGAGACCUGGAGUCCGUCGGAGCCAGGUACUGGACGCCUUUUCGCCGGUCAACGAGAACGGGAGCUUCGAGUUCGACCGGGUGCUGAAGAGAGGCAAGGUGCUGCGGCGGUCGAAGAGCAAGCAUGCAUUCAAGUCGUCGUGGAAGCCCGGAUACUUGGUUCUGCGGCCAAACCUGCUCUCGCUAUACAAAGACAAGGAAGAGGCCCAGCUGCAGCUCGCCAUCUCGCUCUCUGACGUCUCUGCUGUUGCCCACGUCAAGUCCACGCCCAAGUCGAACAGGCCGAACGUCUUUGGCGUCUUCUCGCCCUCGAAGAACUACCGCUUCCAGGCUACGUCGGCAGAGGAGGCAGAGUCAUGGGUCGAGCAGCUGCACCGUGAGUGCUCGGUCGACUACCCGGACUCGGUCGUGAACUACUACGAACAGAUACACGGCCGGAAGCAGACGGUCGCAGAGGCAGAGGAGAGUGCGGCUGAGAUGUCAGAGAUCGAAGGCAGAGGAGGCACGGCGGCUCCGGGACAGGUACAUUCCCUCUUGAAGGCGCCCGUGCAGCCGGACAGGCUGAAGCGCCGGACCACCCAGGACUACUCGGGCAACGAGAUCACCUCUUGCUCCGAGUUCUCUGACGCUGCCGGCCAGUCGUUGCCUUCCGCAGGGCCACAUCCUGCGUUCAACCGGAAAUCCUUCUCUCGGUCAACCCAUAGAGACCAACCACAGCCACUACCACAACCACAACAGCAGCAGCAACAGAAUUUACGCCGCCUGGCCAGUGGCCAAAGUGAAGCUGCUCCUAGCCAGCCAGAUCCGGAGGGCGUUAUAUUCCAAGGCUAUCUGCAAUGCCUAAAGGGCCGAAAGGGCGUCCGCAAGUGGAAAAAGCUAUGGACUGUGCUCCGGGUUCAGAGCCUAUCCUUUUAUAAGGACCAACACGAAUACUCGGCCGUCAAGAUCAUACCAAUGACAGAAGUCAUCAAUGCAGCGGAGGUCGACCCGCUCUCAAGGUCGAAGAUCUUCUGUUUCCAGCUCAUUACAGAGGACAUCACCUACCGUUUCUGCGCUUACGACGAAGAGUCGGUCGACAAGUGGCUCGGCUCGGUCAAGAGCGUGUUGAUGAGACUACAGGACUCGUCCAUUUACCAUUCCGCAGGAACCCUGAGUGGUUCCUUGAACACUCGUUGA